AGUUUUUUUUUGUCCCAAAACGAAAACUUUCAUUCAGCAGCAACGUGCGCCUUUCGAGUGUUUUUUACUUUGCAGUUCGGGUAGUUAUUAACUUUUUCUCUCCGGAAUUUAAAAUCCCUUGCUGCACCAAACAUUUUCAAAAAUGCCUUACGCUCGCAAAAAAAUGCACAGUGGCGAUACGCAUCUGCGUCGCCGUUGGCGACUUCGUAGCCGCAAGAAGGACCUCGACGAAGUCGAUCAAGAUCUCCAGAACAACUCGGACCAACUCCUAAACCAGGACGUCGAUUUGGAAAAGCCAGGAUUUGCCCAGUUUUACUGCAUCCACUGUGCCACAUACUACAUCAAUGAGCGGGCGCUGCAGGAUCACUUCCGGACAAAAGUACACAAGCGGCGUCUAAAAGCUUUGGAGGUGGAACCGUACACGGUGGAGGAUUCCUUGCGUGCUGGCGGCCAAGGAAGUUUCGUUCAACCGCAGAAGCGCAAAAUGGAGACGCAACCAUCGAAGCAAGAUUACGCCGAGGGCAAGCGAGUGAAAGUGGAUGUCGUUAUGGAAGAGGAGAAACCGGUCAAGCAGAAUCUGUCCAAAAAACGAAAGUACAAUGGACAAUUUAAGCAGCUUCUGGAAAAUCUGAAGGCACCGGCUACUUAGCGUUGGAAAAUAUUACUCCGGGUUAUGGUUCAGGUAUGUUAGUUUUAAUAAUCAUUUUUCUGUAUAAUACAAAAAGUUGCAAACCUAGUGGGAAAGCUUCGUAGUUGCAAAAUGAG